CAGCUUCCAUCGUACAACCAGAACCAGCAGUUGAAGAAAAGUCUCUCUCUGAUGCUACCGUGUCCUGUGAAUGGUUCAGUUUAUUUACCAGAACGUUGAGUGUGUUUCUUUAACCUCAUGUAUUGUAAUCAUGGCAGAUAAGGCCCUGUCCACCGCCAGAGAGGCUGUCCUAUUAAAAAGUGAAUCUCUGGCUGAGGAUCUACCACAGAUCAGAGGUUAUGAUUUUAACCAAGGUGUUGAUCACAGAGCGCUACUGAGCUCCUACCUCACCACAGGCUUCCAGGCCAGCAGCUUUGCAAUGGCCGUGCAGGAGAUCAAUAAGAUGAUUGAGCGGCGUCUGGAGCUGGUGGAGGAACAGGAGGGCACCGGGGACUCUCAGCAGCCUUGUUCAGGUUGUACCAUCUUCUUGGGCUACACCUCCAACCUCAUAAGUUCUGGUGUCCGCGAGUCCAUUCGCUACCUCGUCCAGCACAAGAUGGUAGAUGUAGUUGUUACCACAGCAGGUGGUGUUGAAGAAGAUUUAAUUAAAUGUUUGGCACCCACCUACCUGGGUGAGUUCAACCUUCCAGGAAAAGAGCUUAGACAAAGGGGCAUCAACAGAAUUGGCAAUCUCCUCGUCCCCAAUGAUAACUACUGUAAGUUUGAGGACUGGCUGAUGCCCAUCCUGGACCAGAUGGUACUAGAGCAGAAAACAGAGGGCACACACUGGACUCCCUCAAAACUGAUCCACAGACUUGGCAAGGAAAUCAACAACCCUGAGUCUGUCUGCUACUGGGCUUAUAAGAAUGACAUCCCAGUUUUUAGUCCCGCUAUCACAGACGGUUCGCUGGGCGAUAUGAUCUACUUCCAUUCAUAUAAGAAUCCAGGGCUGAUCUUGGACAUUGUGGAAGAUAUCAGGAGGUUGAACUCUAAAGCCGUGUUUGCUAAGAACACUGGUAUGAUCAUACUAGGAGGAGGCCUUGUGAAGCAUCACAUCUCAAAUGCUAAUCUAAUGAGGAACGGCGCAGACUUUGCAGUGUAUGUGAACACGGGGCAGGAGUUUGAUGGAUCAGAUUCAGGAGCCAGACCAGAUGAGGCUGUGUCCUGGGGAAAAAUCCGUAUGGAUGCCAAACCUGUCAAGGUCUAUGCAGAUGCCUCUAUAAUCUUCCCUCUGCUGGUGGCUGAAACUUUUGCACAACAAGCGGCCCGAUUGACAGUUGAUAAAAAGAGCGAUUAAUUGUUCGCUCAUCUUUCACGUUCCGUCCCUCCAUCAUUCUUCUGUUUUUAUUUUCUUUUUUGUGUCUGUUUGUCUACCUGGUUUCAACUACUUGUUUAAUCUUUAUUUUAUUCUUAUUUAUUAAUGUAUUAUUGAUCUUAAUAGGUUAUUUUGUUAGCACUAUCUUUUUGUUUCACUCAUUGUUUUUGACUUUCCACUGUCUGUUUUUAGAGUGAAAAGAAUUUAAUUACUCAAGUUCUUUAUAUUGUUAUGCUGUAUAUAAAUGAAAAGUUUGUUAAAGAAUGAAAUAAGCUGCACAAAUCAUAUAAAGUCAUCAGUCAUUGUUUUUAUCUUUUGCUGCUACAGCAACUUGUUAGCAUGUAUUUGGCUAGCAUGUAGUAUGGAGUUUUAAUAACCUGUAUGUUUAGAGAGAAAAACUCAACACAUCACCUCUAAAAACAAAAUUCUGUGCAUUUUAAUGGAAGAAUAUGGAGAAAUAAAGCAUAAACUGUGGCAUGUGCAAACAAGGGCACCUUUACCAUUGCUAUUAUACAGUAUACUAUAAAUAUAUACUAUAUUAGACUAUACAUAUAUAUUCUACUUUUUCCAAUAUGUAUGUUCCAAUAAGUUUCGCAUAUAAAUAAAAACAAUAUUUAGUAAAGUGUUACUUUGUCCCUUGCUAAAUAA